UUCAUUGUGUUAUUCACCCAACAACAAGAAGUCUAAAAAAUCAAUCUUAUAAUUGUGUUGUUAUCAGCAUCGCCAUCACCAUCACCAUCACCAUCACCUGAUGAAGAACAUGAAGGGUACUAGCGCUUCUUCUCAAUCUCAAUAUCACCACGGUUUCACCUUAUUCAAUCACCAAAGGCGUAGUAAUAAAUUUGUAUCAGUAGGUCACAGUUAUGGCCCACACUUAAUUCCACUCAGAACAACAACAACAACAACAACAACAACCCUUGUUCGCUCUAAACCUUGUUUCGCUUCUCCUCCUCACGUUAAUCAACAACACCCUCUCUUCACUGAUUCUCAUCAUGAAGAUGAUGCCCAAACCACUCCUUAUGAAGAACAAUUAUCAUCCAAUGAAAAUGAAAAAGGUUACUCGAAUAAUUCAUCAAUAUCAGAUGUUAAACGUGAGAUUAUAUCACUCUCUUUGCCUGCCCUUGCUGGACAAGCAAUUGACCCAAUCGCACAAUUGAUGGAAACUGCUUACAUUGGUCGACUUGGUACUCUUGAAUUGGCUUCUUCUGGUGUUUCUGUUGUCAUCUUUAACAUCAUUUCUAAACUUUUUAACAUUCCACUUCUUAGUGUUGCUACUUCUUUUGUUGCCCAAGACAUGGCCAACAUUUCUUCUUCUCAGAAUGCUAACAACCCUCAAAGAAAACAACUCCCCUCUGUCUCCACUGCUUUGCUAUUAGCUUUGGGUAUUGGCAUUUUUGAGGCUUUAGCUUUGUAUUUUGGUUCCCGAAUGUUUCUUCGUUUAAUUGGUGUUGCAGCCGUAAAUCCAACACUUGUUCCCGCACAAAAAUUUCUCUCUUUGAGAGCUUUUGGUGCUCCUGCAGUCGUGCUUUCUUUGGCUCUUCAAGGAAUUUUUCGUGGUUUUAAGGAUACUAAAACUCCUGUUAUAUGUCUAGGCAUUGGUAAUCUUUCAGCGGUCUUUUUAUUUCCCUUACUUAUGUAUUACUUUAAGUUGGGUGUAGCCGGUGCAGCCAUUUCAACUGUUCUCUCUCAAUAUAUUGGGACCUUGUUGAUGAUAUGGUGUCUAAAUAAGAGAGCUGUGUUGCUACCUCCAAAAAUGGGAAACCUACAAUUUGGUGGUUAUAUUAAGUCUGGUGGUUUCGUUCUUGGAAGAACACUUGCUGUUCUUACAACCAUGACAUUGGGGACAUCAAUGGCUGCUCGUCAUGGUCCCGUAGCUAUGGCUGCACAUCAAAUAUGCAUGCAAGUGUGGUUAGCUGUUUCCCUUCUUACAGAUGCAUUGGCGGUAUCUGGUCAGGCCCUAAUUGCAAGUUCUCUAUCAAGACAUGAAUACAAAGCUGUGAAGGAAAUUACUCAUUUUGUAUUAAAGAUCGGAUUGCUGACAGGCAUUUGCUUGACUGCAAUUCUGGGGGCAUCUUUUGGAUCUUUAGCUACCCUUUUUACCCAGGAUAUUGAAGUCUUGCAGGUUGUCAGAACUGGAGUGUUGUUUGUCAGUGCUUCUCAACCUCUUAAUGCACUGGCUUAUAUUUUUGAUGGUCUCCAUUAUGGUGUUUCUGAUUUCCGAUAUGCUGCUUUCUCCAUGAUGUUUGUGGGAGCAGUCUCCUCAGCAUUUUUGGUAUUUUCCCCUUCACAUUUUGGCCUUCGCGGCGUAUGGCUGGGAUUGACUCUCUUCAUGGCACUCCGAGUAGUAGCUGGUUCUGUCAGAUUACUAUCAAAGAAUGGUCCUUGGUGGUUUCUACACAAGGAUUUUCAGAUUGCAGAGAUGGGUUCCUAAUUAUUAAGAUGAAGAAUAUCGAUGAACUCAUGGACCUGAGGUUUUACAGGAUCUUCUCGGCACAGGAUACAGUAUUUAGAUGUUAAAUUAGAAUUUUGGUUGGUUCAAAAUAAUAAUAAUUAGAUUUUUGGUUUUUCCGUAGUGCUUAUGUAGGAAAUAGUUUUUAGAAGCACUUCAUGAUCAAUCAAUUCCCAAUCUUAUCCGCAGUACAUCAGAUGUAGUUUAGUACUACUACAGUCAAGUAUUGUAGAGAUAAGCAGACCAUCUGCUGGUUAUGUAAUCCUUGGUGUAAAUACCAACACUUUAUGUGAAAUUUAUUGCGUUAAAUAUAGGUAUCACGACCACAUUACGUGUUUGUACGUUA